GAUAACGUUGUGUUUCGACCUUCUUUAUGAGCGGAAUAAGCGUUUUUAGUCGUAAGCAGGUUUAAUGGCUGUCAUCUUAGAAUACAACUUGCUAAAAUGAGUACUUCUGAAGUUGAACCACAUAUCACGAAAAAAUAUGAAAUCAAAAAGAGACUUGGGAAAGGGGCAUAUGGCAUAGUGUGGAAGGCAAUUGAUAGAAGAACAGGGGAAGUUGUUGCUGUCAAGAAGAUCUUUGAUGCUUUCCGUAACCAGACAGAUGCUCAGAGGACAUUCAGAGAGAUUAUGUUUUUACAAGACUUUGGAGAACACCCCAACAUAAUCAAACUUCACAAUGUCAUAAAAGCAGAAAAUGAUAAAGAUAUUUAUCUAGUCUUUGAAUUUAUGGAAACUGAUUUACACAAUGUUAUCAAGCGCGGUAACAUUCUGAAAGAUGUACAUAAGCGCUACAUUAUGUAUCAGCUGUUUAGAGCAACAAAAUACCUCCAUUCUGGAAAUGUGAUACACAGAGAUCAAAAGCCUUCAAACAUCCUUCUGGACAGUGAGUGCAUGGUGAAAGUCUGUGACUUUGGAUUAGCUCGUUCACUGUCACAGAUCAGCAUUGAUGCUGAAACUGGCGAUCCCAACCUCACCGAGUAUGUAGCCACACGCUGGUACAGAGCUCCUGAAAUACUGCUGGCCUCUCACAGAUACACAAAGGGAGUAGACAUGUGGAGUCUGGGGUGUAUCCUGGCAGAGAUGCUGAUUGGCAAGCCACUCUUCCCUGGCUCCUCCACCAUCAACCAGAUAGAGAAAAUCAUGGCCACCAUCCCCCGACCAUCAAAAGAAGAUAUUGACAGCAUACGGUCAGCAUAUGGGUCAUCGUUAUUAGACAAAGCUGCUUCAAAGCCCAAGAAGACCAUGGAGGAGCUGAUGCCCCCUGAUGCCCCCAAGGAUGCCAUCGACCUCUGUCGGAAACUGCUCCAGUUCAACCCGGACAAGAGAAUCACAGCUGACGAGGCUCUUAGACACCCAUACGUGGGCAGGUUCCACAAUCCAAAGGAGGAAAUCAGUCUCAACUACGACGUUGUGCCGCCUCUUGCAGAUGAUGUGCAGCUCACUGUUGAUGAGUACAGAACCAAGUUGUAUGAGAUGAUCAUGCAAAAGAAAGCUGAACGACGCAGGAAACGUCAGGAGAUGCGCAGUGCUAAGCACAUUGCAGCGCAGGCUCGGGAAGCUACGCCCCCCGACUAUGAGGAGGAGGUGGAGGAGAUGCCCCCUGGGGAGCCCACGGGUCACUAUAUGGCCCAGAUUGCCCGCGAGCAGACCCGUUAUGCCGAGAGAGACCCGGACACCCCACCACCCAGGCAUCAUCAGUCAUCAUUCUCUGCUGGCCACGUAGCAUUUGGUCGUACUACUCACGAUCAGCCACCGCCCUCCGCUCCUGUGAACAAGCAGAGAACAACGUACGCCCGACAGAAAACAAAUGAGAACAUGGACAUGUACCCAUCAGGGUCACGAGGUCGACAGGCGUCGGCCCCUCCUGCCGGUAACCGGGCUCCAGGCCGUCAGAUCUCGGGGGGUUUUGGUAACCCUAGCAACCCAACAAUCACCCGGGAUGACAAGUCCGGACUCACUGUCACCAGCUCCAGAAUGCUAAAUCACGGAUGGGUUCGGGUCAGCCCCAGUGACCCCCUGCCCCCUAUUGGCAGCAAUUACUAUAAUCCAAGUCAGAGACCAACAUCAGCCUCAAACCCUCGACCAAAACCCGUGUUUGGACGGCGUCAGUAUAGCAAUGCAAUCAACAACCCAUCCUCGGGGGCCCCAAAAGCCAUGUUUGGCAGCUAUACUCAGAAUGUUGGCACAAUCACCUCCAGUGGUCUUGCAGCCAUUAAGAAGUGAUGCUUUAGUGAUGGGGCAAGCUGUGUAGGAGUUGAGUGGUUUGUUACUAUGGUGACAGAAGUCAUACAAACCUUGGAAAAGUCAGGGUCAUUGUUAAUGAUAACAAUCAGCAAAAGCAAUGAUUUGUGUUUAGUGUUCAGUGGAUAAAAUCAUUUCCUUGACAUGGUUGUAUUUUAUGGGCUAACAGAGGGUUUUUAAUCAUUGACAUCUGGGUUUGUCUGAAGAGAUUUAAUCUCACCACAUACAAGACACAUCGUUCUUACUUGCAUUGAAUGUUUUAAGAAUUGUUUCAUUUAAAAACAAUUGAAGCCUCAUGUAAAGCUAUUUGCUUUGCAGAAAUAUUGAGGAUAAAUUCCCCAGUUAUUAUGAGGCUCUUUGUUGUGUAAUGAAGUGAAGGGAAUACAUCAGUCAAACUCUGUAUUGUAAACACACACUAUUAAAGUAGACCACUUGCAUGCAUCAGGAAUCUAAAUCAGUAUUCAAUAGGUAUGUUAUCCAUAAUCUUGUGAGGGUUUGAUUAUGAUUGAAUUCAUUUAGUAAUAAUGCGAACAAAUCUGAUCAAAUCCUUUCAUGGCUAUUCAAGACGGUUGUAUAAUCUUUGUUUCAUGUUACUUGUAUAUCUUGUACAUAUAUGUUUUAGCAAUUUGUUAUCUGUAUAAUUUCAAAUAGAGGUUAUUUAUGGCUAUUUGUUCCAUGUUGACAAGUUUAUUGUUGUUCUCUUUUACACCCAUGUAAAUAAACAAUAGUGUGAUAUUUUUACUUCCAAUAUAUACUUACACAUAAUGCCAGUUACACGGUCUAAGUAGUUUUCAGACUAUACAAUUAUGCGGUCAAUAUAAAAAACGUGCGUUCUGGGCACCUUAGCUACUAUGUGGGAGUAGGGGAGGUAAUGCAAUCAAAUUUCACAACAAGGUUUUACAUCGAAAAUCAAGAUCACGUCUUAAAUUGAAAUUUUAUAUAUCUUGCAAUUAAUUUCGCUAUGUAUUUCCUUGUAUAAAACGUUAAAUAAAUGACAUGUAAAAAGGGUAUGGAGAUACAUGUAUUUUAAGUGGAAACCCGAUAUUCUAUUUCUUAAUCAGAGACCCUGUAACUGGCCGGCAUAUGUAUAUAUAUAUAAAAGUUUCCCAUAGUAAUGUCAUUAGUUUCCACAGAAAUAAGGUUAAAUUAGAUGACUGGCCUUUUGUGGAGCAUAAAAAGACUGUGAUAAAAUAAUCACGAAAUAUUGUUGAGUCUUAAAUAUUUAGGCAAAGAUUAAUAUGUGAUAUUAAAUAUAAGUAGGUUUGUGUGUAAAAUUCUAUUUCCGGUAUACACCUUUUUGAUAUCUGCCACUACUACAUGUUGUAUUCAACUUUCAACACAAGAAAUAGCAUUCCCUACUAGUGUUUGUAUCAUAAGAGUGGCCAAACUUAUUUGAAAUUGAAUAAAGAUGCUUGCUUAAACAAAUUUUGUCAUACUCAUAAAAUGUUUUUAAAGAAUGAUACGUCGAAAAAGUAUAAAUGGUGGUCUAAUUUGGCAAAAGUUCUCCAUACCAGGCUUCUUAUUCAUGCUGUAUCUGCUGUAACUUUCUUUGUUGGAUCUUCAACCGGUCAUAUAAGAUUAUUAAAACCAAAAGUUGCUCAACUAUAUCAAUAAUGGAUGAAAUCUGUCAUAACAAUACAUGUGACUUGCUUGAAACUUCUUUUUUUAUUGAAUUUGUUCCAAUUGAGUCAUUGUUUCGUCAUUCAGUUCACACUGCUAAUGCAGCCCAACAUUCAAUCAUUACAUUGUGCUGUUGAAAACAUCUGCGUUUUGUAUGUGUAGGUCUGUAAUUGUAAAUAGUUGUAAUUAUUUAUUUUGUAAAUUCCCAUGGUUUCAUCAACACAUCUUUAUUUGUCACAAUUAUUUUAACAUUUUUAUUCCAUAUUGUGUUGCAUUAUUUUAGAACUGACCGUCCUGUUAUUUAUAACAAAAAUCUGGUUAGAUUUGUUUGCAUUUUUAUUAUUUAACAUGUUUUGUUUGCUAUCAAUAGUAAAAACACCAAGUGGCAUACAAAGUAAGUUAUUCAGCAGUUUUACCACUGAGGCAAUCGUCUUGUGACCUUCAUUAGCAUGGAAUUUAGAAAGUCUUUUCAAAAUCUUUUGCUAACUUAACAGAACAGUUUGUUUAAAUACAACAAUCUGUGUCAAUUUUAUGGUUCCUUUUCCUUCUUGUCAAACUACCAAACAUUUAACGGUUGUUUUCUUAAUGGACAUACUCAAAAUAUUUCUGGAUCAUUCUGACUGGCUGUUCAUGAUCAUAUUUGCAGACUGAUAAUGAUUAUUCUUGUAUGCUGCUUAUGGUCAUUAUUCUAGGUUUGUUUGUUUUCAUACUGUUCAUUAUAAUAGUGUAGACUGUUCAUGAUCAAUCUUUCUGACAUAUAUUGAUCAUUCUUUCAAGGUGUUUGGAUCAUUCUUGCACAAAUUGCUCAUAUGAUAUAAGAAGUGUCUUUGACUGUGUUGAUUGUAUGAAACACAACAAAUAAAGCAAUUGCCGUAUUUCAUGUAGAUUGCUUUGCAUAUGAAUUUAUAAGGCUUUUGAACCUAGUUAAGUUGUUUGUGUAGUGUAGACCAGAUUUAUUUUUUAUAUCAUCAUAAUCCAUGAGUGCAUUGGCUAUUGGUAUAGAACAUUAAUUAUUAUUAAUUAUUUCGUUAAUAAGAGCUUAGAUAUUUUUAGCUCAUCUAUUUUUUGAAAAGAAAUUAUGAGCUAUUGUCAUCACCUUGGCGUUUUAAACUUCAAAUACUUUCAUGCUAUCAUGAGGGUACUGUACCUGGCAAGUUGAAUUUUAUCUUGACCUUUGAAUGACCUUGACUCACAAGUUGCCAUAACUUCUUUAUUUAUGAUUAGAUUUGAUUGAUACUUUGAAAAAACAACUCUUACCUGACAUACCACAAUAGACUCCACCAAAACCAUUCCCCCCCCCCCUCGAUCCUUCCCAUUAUUUAUUUUUUUAAUUAAAGAUCAGCUUAUAAAUGACCACCACACCCUCACACUAUUCCCCCCACCCCACCCCCAAAAAAAUAAUUUGUAUGCCCCCGGUAGGGUGGCAUAUAGCAGUUGAACUGUCAGUCAGUCUGUCCGUCCGUCUGAAAAAACUUUUACAUUGGCCAUUACUUUUGAAGAUAGCAACAUGAUAUUUGGCAUGCAUGUGUAUAUUUUGCAGCUGCACAUUUUGAGUGGUGUAAGGUCAAGGUCAACCUUCAAGGUCAAAUAUAUGGUGUCUGUUUGUCCGAAAACUUUAACAUUUGCCAUAACUUUUUCAAUAUUGAAGAUAGCAACUUGAUAUUUGGCAUGCAUGUGUAUCUCAUGGAGCUGAACAUUUUGAGUGUUGAAAGGUGAAGGUCAAGGUCAUCCUUCAAGGUCAAAUGUCAAAUAUAUGGCGUAUGUACGUCUGAAAACUUUAACAUUGGCCAUAACUUUUUUAAAAUUGAAGAUAGCAACUUGAUAUUUGGCAUACAUGUGUAUUUCAUAAAGCUGUACGUUUUGAGUGGUAGAAGUUCAAGGACAAGGUCAUCCUUCAAAGUAAUUUUUUUUUAAUUCAAAGCGGCGUUCUCAUGAAGCUGCACAUUUUGAGUGGUGGAAGUUCAAGGUCAAGGUCAUCCUUCAAGGUCAAGGUCAUCCUUCAAGGUCAAAGGUAAAAAAUAAAAUAAUUUCAAAGCAAUGUUCUCAUGAAGCUGCACAUUUUGAGUGGUGGAAGUUCAAGGUCAAGGUCAUUCUUUAAGGUCAAGGUCAUCCUUCAAGGUCAAAGGUAAAAAAUAAAAAUAUUUCAAAGCGGCGUUAUCAUAAAGCUGCACAUUUUGAGUGGUGGAAGUUCAAGGUCAAGGUCAUCCUUCAAGGUGAAGGUCAUCCUUCAAGGUCAAAGGUCAUUUUUUUUAUUUCAAAGCAGUGUUCUCAUAAAGCUGCACUUUUUGAGUGGUGGAAGUUCAAGGUCAAGGUCAUACUUCAAGGUCAAAGGUUAAAAAAAUUUAUUUAUUUUUUUAAAGCGGCGCAAUGGGGGUCAAAAAGAAUAAUACAAAAAUUCAAAGCAGCGUUAUCAUGAAGCUGCACAUUUUGAAUGGUGGAAGUUCACAGUCAAGGUCAUCCUUGAAGGUAAAAAAAUAAAUAAAAAAUUAAUCAAAGCGGCGUUAUCAUGAAGCUGCACAUUUUGAGUGGUGGAAGUUCAAGGUCAAGGUCAUCCUUCAAGGUCAAGGUCAUCCUUCAAGGUCAAAGGUCAAAAAGAAUAAUAAAAAAUUCAAAGAAGUGUUAUCAUGAAGCUGCACAUUUUGAGUGGUGGAAGGUGACAGUCAAGGUCAUCCUUCAAGGUAAAAAAAAAAUAUAAUGAAUUAAAGCGGCGUUCUCAUGAAGCUGCACAUUUUUUGUGGUGGAAGUUCAAGGUCAAGGUCAUCUUUCAAGGUCAUCCUUCAAGGUCAAAGGUCAUUUUUUUUUAUUUCAAAGCGGCGUGAUCAUAAAGCUGCACAUUUUGAGUGGAGGAUGUUCAAGAUCAGGGUCAUCCUUCAAGGUUAAGGUCAUCCUUCAAGGUCAAAGGUCAAACAAAAUUAUUUCAAAGCAGCGUUUUCAUAAAGCUGCACUUUUUGAGUGGUGGAAGUUCAAGGUCAAGGUCAUUAUACUUCAAGGUCAAAGGUAAAAAAAGCAUUUAUUUUUUUUUAAGCGGCGCAAUGGGGGGCAUUGUGUUUCUGACAAACACAUCUCUUGUUUUUUUCAAACAUGGUUAAAAAACACAAAUAUUUAUUUUUAUUAUUUUAUUUUUGAAAUACUGUCCAACCAUCUCACCCAAGAAUCCCCCCCCCCCCCGUUCAAUUUUUUUUUUUUCAUUUUUGGAGAUAAUGUAAUAAAUGACCACACCCCUCUCCACUCUACCCCUCCCUCCUGUGAUUGAAAUUGAGAUAGGUCCCUACACCUUUAAAAAGAAAAAUAGAUAAGCGGUCUGCACCUGCAAGGAGGUGCUCUUGUUUAAGCAUGUUGUUGACGAAUGCUUUAGAAAUGGGUUUACUCAUUUUCCAGAAAAAUGUGUUUACUCAUGCGGUAUGUCCAUGCUGUCUGCAUAUAGUAUAUGGGUUACUUAAUAUCUAUUUUAUAGAUUGACCCCAUUAAAUUAUGUCCAAGAGAUUAUUGCGUGUACAUGACUUUUCUAUUCAUGUGGAGUAUGUCUCAUUUUUUUAUCAGAUAUUAAAUAUAAUUUUAAUCGUAGGCAUGUUUUUAAUUACAUGUUUUAUUCAAAACAUUCAAUUCCCCAUUUUAUUAUUGAUUAAUGAAAUAUCAAUUGAAUUAAUUUAUUUAGGUUAUGAUUCCAUAUGCUGGUAUGUUUAAACUUUAUUGUUCUGUUGCAUGCAUAGUUUUACCACGUGUAUUUCAAAUAGUUUGUGAUCUUUUUUGUUGCGCCCCAAAAUGUUAUUAACAAUAAUCUUUUCUCUUAUACAUAUCUGUAUCUGUUUGUUUUACAAACCUUCUUUUUGAACUUUGAAUCUGAUUGUGCAUGGCAGACCUAUGUAUAGAACUGUAUUGUCUAUGCAUUUUAAUUCAUGUUAAAUUGUUUGUGAGAAAUUAAACAUAUUUCAUUCCAAAAAAUGAAAUCUUAUAAAAAUUGAAAACAAA